AUGAAGAACAGUACACUAUAUAUAACUGCAUGGCUUGAGAGCGGAAAUUGACAAAAGACAAUGAUUCGCGCCAGAACUGCCUGUGCUCGAUUCUCAACCCAUUUCAACCUCCUUCGAGCAAGACCAUUUUGUAGUAGCACCAAAGACGGCAACAACAACAACAACAAGAACAAGGACAACGUUGAUGGCAGCAUUGGAUCAAAUGUCAGCACUCACCACGAGUCGUAUCGUCAACUUGAUAAUCUCGACUUCAUGACUGCUGCUAAGAUCCUCUUCACUCAUCCUCCAAAGAAAAAGAAAUUUGGGAUAGAUUUCCAUCUGGUACAGCUUUUCUUUGCCUGCAUGCCUUCAUUGGCUGUUUACUUGGUGGCUCAAUAUGCUCGCUAUGAAAUGAGAAAAAUGGAAGCGGAGCUGGAGGAGAAAAAGAAGCAAGAAGAAGAAGCAAAAAAGAAGCAAGAAGAAGAAGAAGAAGAGAAAAAGAAGCAAAAAGAAGAGGAGAAAGCUAAAGAGAUGGAACUAACUGCAACUGAAGAUAAUAAGGGUGGAACUGAUACAGAGCUUUUAGAGGUAAAAGUGAGACUAGGUAAACUGGAGGAGGCAGUAAAGGAAAUUGUUGUUGAAUCAAAGAAACAAUCAGCAGGCAGCAUAACUAAAAGCCAGCAGAAUGCUAGUGAACCAGGUGAAGCCAAAAGUACAUCAGAGUCAAGCAGUACUUUGGGGCAGGACAAGCUUGCAAAACAAAAAUCCACUGAACAAACACCAAGCUUUGAUCAAGGAAAAGUACGAAGUGCAGCACCUGUUUCCGAUGGUUCCCAAAAGGAUCAGAAGGGUGAGAACCAGAAACCUUCUCAAGAUGCCUAAAAAUGAUGAAAGAGCAUUUCUGGUAAAAGAACAUCUGUUUAAUUGUUUACAAGAUUCUUUUUAUAACUAAUUAAACACCUCCUGUACCUAGUCCAUUUUGCCCAAGGAUAUAACGGGUGCUUGCCACUCUGCAGAGGCAUUGGUGAUGAAGGUGUGUUAACAGUUCAAUUGCUUGUAAGGGAUGUAGAUUUGCAUAAAUUUUAUCCCUCUCUCACCAUGAGAAAAUCUUUUCCCAGCUUCUGAUAUGUAAGAAAUACUGUAUCACAGAGCUUGUCUGCUCCUGAUCAAGGCCACUGUUUGGAAAGUAGAUUUUGCAAAGCAUAUUGCCUGUUUUGUUCAUUAGUUGAGUUUCGGGAUUCGAACCCUGAAAAAGACGUCCUCUUUUCUGCUUCAUGCCUCUGAUCCUUCUAUCUUUUGUCUAGUUCAAACUGGGCUUGUACAACUAUUAGUUCCAUACAUGCAUAUUGCGGAAGCAAACGAAACGUAAGAUGUUGUAUUAAUAGAUGAAAUCAUGUGUAUCAUCUUGGAGGUGUAGCCAAAUAGUCUCAUGGAGAUUAUCAGAUGAGUGCUUGAGGUGUGAGGCUGUUGCAGGUGCUUCUCUUGCCCCUGUGCGCGUGCACAUGUAACCAAAAUGUGUAGUGUAUGAGGUUAGAUUAGAAGAGCUUGACUCAUGAGGAUGUGAACAUCAGAGGCAGGAGUUUAUGU